AGAAGAGCAGGGAAGAGGAGCGCCGGCGACGAUCUCCGCUUCGGCGAGUCGCGGCUAAAAGAGUCGGGCGGCGGAAACACCCCCUCGACCCUCGACUCGACGAGGAGAUUGUUUCCAAAAACGAAGACGGAAAACUCGGAACUGCUCGGCUCGGAACGUCCUAACCUACAACCUACGAUUUUGCUAAGUGGUUUGUCACGUCGUCACAAGUCAUAAAAAGCACAACUAACCUGAGCCUAUUCGCUGCUGCAGGCUGCAGAUCUGCAGAUACUUCGCCUCGGGCUAAAACAUAAUGAACGUGAUCGGCAAGUUGUGUCACGUAAGACGAACGCCGCGAGGUUACAGGACGUUACACGUUACACGUAUAAUUCAAAAUGCGUACGAAGGUCCUGGUAAAACCACCGUGACGUUCAUCAGCAAGGAGAUCGGCACCCGACUUUUGAUAUCUCACUGCGACGAGAUGGGAUUCACGUUAAACACUGGCACGAAAGUGAUAGGGCCAACGGUGCUCUUUCCCAGACACGCCGUCUGCUGGAACGUUCAAUCCGGCAAACAUAUAAAUGACGCAUCACUUUCGUUAUUCAAUGUUCUCGAGCCAAAGCCCGAUCUCUUGGUCAUUGGAUUGGACGAUCAAUAUGAUUUCGACUAUGUAAAAGAUCUCCGAAAACUCGUGAAGAAGCUCGAUAUUGCUACAGAAAUACUUUCCGUCUAUAACGCAUGCACGGUAUUCAAUUUCGUCAACGAGGAGGGCAGAUACGUCGUUGCGGCAUUGAUACCACGAAAAAAGCCCAAACAACCAUUGAAACUAGCACAGGGUGAGUCUGUGGAACAAAUAACCGACUCUGCUAGUGCAAGAUGAACGGUACAAAAAUGGGAAGUGCGACAAAAUGAUAUAGAAUAUGUAUGUACAUGUACAAUGUACAUAUACGUGACAAUUUGAAAAGACUAUAUUGUAUAAUAAAAUUAAUUUCUGUAAAUCAUAUACAAGAUUACAAUGAAAUUUUAGAUUUGUUCGUUUAGUUCAAAAUAAAACGUAAACGUUUCUUAAAAAGGUAAUUAAAACGAGUGUUGAGAUCUCGUCAGAGAAAAUAGGACAACGUGCUCAAAUAGAAUAAACGUACAUGUAAAAC